GGCAGCUUGGCGCCAAGAAGCUCAGCCUGGCGGCGCGGGGGAAGCUCUUCGCUUUUUCGUCACCGUGGCAACGCUCGAGGCCGUUUCCGGAGGCGGUGGCCAAAGUGGGCGGGGCUAGACCGGAGCUGCCUGUGGGAGGCAGUUACUUGAGAUCACCAGGCCUUCUCUGGACCGGCGGGUGCAGGGCCCGGUCCCAGAGUUGAGGGAAAGUCGUUUGGAAACCCCAGCGCCAACAGGACCCUUUGGCAGCUGAGGCUGGAAGCAGCGGAACCAAAGGCAGACGGUCCUGAGUUGCUGGGGCGGACGUGGACCCAAUCUGUCCGUCCUUGCAAGUUUCCCCCAGGGGCAGGACCUAGACGUGCGGCACAUUCAGGUUCUUCAGUACCGUAGUGGUAGUCACUGGCCCAAGUUAGAGGCCAGCUGAGAAGUCUUCCUGCCUCAGAUUUGUUUACCUACAGAAUGCUUCGGUAUCCGUAUUUUUGUAGAAUGUAUAAAGAAUGUCUUUCAUGUUGGUUGGCAUCUGGCAUACCUAAUUUAGGUGUCUGGCCAAAGAGAAUACAUACUACAGCAGAAAAAUAUGGAGAAUAUGAAGCCCAGGAGCAAACAGAUCAAACUCAAGCCCAGGAGUUACACAGAUCUCAAGAUAGAGAUUUUGAAACUAUGGCUAAAUUACAUAUUCCAGUAAUGGUGGAUGAAGUUGUGCAUUGUUUGUCACCACAAAAAGGACAGAUUUUUCUAGAUAUGACAUUUGGUUCGGGAGGGCACACAAAAGCCAUUCUACAGAAGGAGUCAGAUAUUGUUUUGUAUGCCUUGGACAGAGACCCGACAGCUUAUGCAUUAGCUGAACAUCUUUCAGAGUUGUAUCCUAAACAAAUCCGAGCUGUGCUGGGCCAGUUCAGCCAGGCAGAAGCCUUAUUAAUGAAAGCUGGGGUGCAGCCAGGAACUUUUGAUGGAGUUCUUAUGGAUCUUGGGUGUUCCUCCAUGCAACUUGAUACUCCUGAAAGAGGUUUUUCCCUUCGGAAAGAUGGCCCCUUGGACAUGAGAAUGGAUGGUGGCAGAUCAACCGGCACUUGCAUCUAUCCUAAGAACAUAUGGGGAGGAGAAGCAUGCCAAGAAAAUCGCUUCAGCAAUUGUUCAGGCACGCAGCAUCUACCCCAUCACCAGAACCCAGCAGCUUGCCAGCAUCGUUGCAGGUGCAUUUCCUCCCUCUGCUAUUUAUGCACGGAAAGACUUACUACAGCGAUCUACCCAUAUUGCCACCAAGACUUUCCAGGCUCUUCGCAUAUUUGUGAACAAUGAGCUCAAUGAACUCUACACAGGACUGAAGACAGCUCAGAAGUUUCUGAGACCCGGUGGUCGUCUUGUUGCCCUCUCCUUCCAUUCACUAGAGGAUCGCAUCAUCAAAAGAUUUUUGCUUGGAAUAAGCAUGACAGAAAGAUUUAACCUAAGUGUUAGACAGCAAGUGAUGAAAACAUCGCAGUUGGGUUCUGGUCAUGAAAACACAGAAGAAGUCUCUAUGAGAAGAGCUCCUUUAAUGUGGGAAUUGAUACACAAGAAGGUACUUAGUCCACAAGAUCAGGAUGUACAAAAUAACCCCAGAGGGCGCUCAGCCAAGCUUAGAGCAGCUGUCAAAUUAUAAGUUACAAUCAUCUUAUUCUUCAAAUUUUUUCUCACAAUUUCUCUAAUCUUUACUCAUGUUUUGUUCCUGAAUGUCUUGAUAUAGGUUUAAGUGUGGGACAGUCUGAAAAUUGAUAGCAUUUAGCAUUUUUUUUUCCCCUCAAAAAGAAACUGUAGGAAAUACAUGACAGAGAAAUUUACACUCAGGGAGCAGCAGCACCUCAAGACUGGAAAUAUGUGUUAAUCUUUGCAUCAUAUUGGAUUCUUGAAAUGCAAUCCUUCCUCUGGCCAGGAACAUUUUUAAAAAAUAAUAGUUGGGUUUAUUUAAAUAUGUAAACUCAGGCUGCCAAAGAGAAAGAUAUUAUAAUCAUAUCUGCAUGUCCUAAAUUUUGAAUUUAGAUAUUCCAAUUUGCAUCAGUCUUUCUCUGGCUCAAAUAAUGAUGAUUAUGGAAUGAAUUUUAAUGUCCUUACUUGUGAAUAAUUACUAUAGCUUUCUCAAAUGUACGCUUUUUACAAAUUUUAAAUUUUAAAAUAUUAGUUUAAAUAUGUGUUAUAUUGAUAAAAUUUCAUCUUUCAAAUUAUAGUCUAUUAUUUUAAAGGGAUUUUUCCGUAUGAUAUGGGCCAUUUUGUUUGUAUAUCUCAAGGUAAACAUGUACAAUCCUUACAAAGAGUUGUUUCACAAAACUUAUAUUUCAUGUCAAUUGUAUUUAUUUUAAUAAUAGCUCACAAUGCCUUUUGUAAGUAAUAAAGUCUCUUAUUACAAUCUUGUAUUUUUUAAUUGAGCUAAUCAAAAUAAUUCAGCCAAGUCUAUUUGAAAUAGAAAA